GCUCCGAGUCCUGUUGGUGGGGGCAGCAGGAUGCUGGUGGCAGUAGAGGGGGCCGACCGGGUGCCUCCGCAGCUCAGCUGGCAGGGCCCGGUGGGGCGUGUGUGGCUGCUGGUGCGCGCCCCCAGCCCCACGCCUCCCCAUGCAGCCCUGGCAGUGCCUCCGGCGCUUUGCCCUGGCCUGGUGGGAGAGGACCGCGGAGGGUCGAGCCCGCUCUCCCAGGGAGGAGGUUGGACCAAGGGACCCUGGGGCCCGCGGGGAGCCAGGGCUCCAGCGAGCGGCGGGAGGGAAGCCGGCAGGACUCUGUUCCCUCUGUUUAAAGUCUCCAGAUCCGGAGCGGAGCAGCCCCCCCAUGCUGUCUGCCGACGAUGCCGAGUACCCUCGGGAAUACCGGACCCUGGGGGGUGGGGGCAGCGGAGGCAGCGGGGGCCGGCGCUUCUCCAAUGUGGGGCUGGUGCACACCUCCGAGCGGAGGCACACUGUGAUUGCUGCCCAGAGCCUGGAGGCGCUCAGCGGGCUCCAGAAGGCGGAUGCUGACCGCAAGCGAGAUGCGUUCAUGGACCAUCUGAAGAGCAAGUACCCCCAGCAUGCCCUGGCCCUGCGAGGUCAGCAGGACAGGAUGCGGGAGCAGGUCGGCGGCUGGACCGUGGACCCUGUGUGCCUCCUCAGCUCCCUCUGUUCCCACCUCCACGGCGAUUCCACCCCCUCCGGGGCUGGCCAGCCUGCCCAGCAACCAAACUACUGGAGUUUCAAGACCCGCAGCUCGCGCCAUACUCAGGGAGCCCAGCCAGGGCUGGCAGACCAGGCAGCCAAGCUGUCCUACGCCUCGGCUGAGUCGCUGGAGACCAUGUCCGAGGCCGAGCUGCCCCUGGGCUUCAGCAGGAUGAACCGCUUCCGACAGAGCUUGCCUCUCUCCCGCUCUGCCAGCCAGACCAAGCUGCGCUCACCAGGAGUCCUGUUCCUGCAAUUCGGGGAGGAGACCCGACGCGUACACAUCACGCAUGAGGUCAGCAGUCUGGACACGCUACACGCACUCAUCGCGCACAUGUUCCCGCAGAAGCUCACCAUGGGCAUGCUUAAGUCGCCCAACACCGCCAUCCUCAUCAAAGACGAAGCUCGGAACAUCUUCUACGAGCUGGAGGACGUCCGGGAUAUCCAGGACCGCAGUAUUAUUAAGAUCUACAGGAAGGAACCACUGUAUGCUGCUUUUCCUGGCUCACACCUCACUAACGGAGACCUGCGGAGAGAGAUGGUGUACGCGUCGCGGGAGUCGUCGCCCACGCGGCGCCUCAACAACCUGUCGCCAGCAUCGCACCUAGCAUCUAGCUCGCCACCUCCAGGGCUCCCAUCCGGCCUGCCGUCGGGCCUGCCGUCCGGCCUGCCGUCGGGCUCGCCCUCGCGCUCACGCCUCUCCUAUGCUGGGGGUCGCCCGCCCUCUUAUGCCGGCAGUCCGGUGCACCACGCGGCUGAGCGACUGGGAGGUGCCCCGGCCAGCCAGGGCGUGAGCCCCAGCCCCAGCGCCAUCCUGGAGCGGCGCGACGUGAAGCCGGACGAGGACCUGGCAGGCAAAGCGGGCGGCAUGGUGCUGGUGAAGGGCGAGGGCCUCUAUGCAGAUCCCUACGGGCUUCUGCACGAGGGCCGCCUGAGCCUGGCCGCCGCGGCGGGGGACCCGUUCGCAUACCCGGGCGCAGGUGGCUUGUACAAGCGGGGCUCGGUGCGCUCGCUCAGCACCUACUCUGCCGCCGCCCUGCAGUCCGACCUGGAGGACUCGCUGUAUAAGGCAGGCGCUGGCGGCCCUCUCUACGGCGAUGGUUACGGCUUCCGCCUGCCGCCUUCGUCCCCGCAGAAGCUGGCCGACGUGUCGGCACCCUCUGGGGGACCCCCGCCCCCGCACAGCCCCUACUCGGGGCCGCCCAGCCGUGGCUCGCCGGUGCGCCAGUCCUUCCGCAAAGACUCAGGCUCCUCGUCGGUUUUUGCCGAGAGUCCCGGAGGCAAGGCCCGCAGCACUGGGAGCGCCUCAACGGCCGGAGCACCACCUUCCGAGCUUUUCCCUGGACCUGGGGAGCGCUCUCUAGUAGGAUUCGGGCCGCCGGUGCCAGCCAAGGACACAGAGACCAGGGAACGCAUGGAGGCCAUGGAGAAGCAGAUCGCUAGCCUCACAGGGCUGGUGCAGAGCGCCCUCCUGCGAGGCUCAGAGCCCGAGACCCCAAGUGAGAAGAUUGAAGGCUCCAAUGGAGCAGCCACCCCUUCAGCGCCGUGCGGAUCAGGUAGUCGGAGCAGCGGGGCCACUCCAGUGUCCGGCCCUCCCCCACCCUCGGCCAGCGGCACCCCUGCAGGGCAGCCCACUGCUGUCAGCCGGCUGCAGAUGCAGCUGCAUUUGCGGGGCCUACAGAACAGCGCUAGUGACCUGCGUGGCCAGCUUCAGCAGUUGCGCAAGCUCCAGCUCCAGAACCAGGAAUCAGUACGCGCGUUGCUGAAGCGCACCGAGGCGGAGUUGAGCAUGCGUGUGUCGGAGGCGGCGCGGCGGCAGGAGGACCCGCUGCAGCGGCAGCGCACCCUGGUGGAGGAGGAGCGGUUGCGCUACCUCAAUGACGAGGAGCUCAUUACUCAGCAGCUCAAUGACCUAGAGAAGUCAGUGGAGAAGAUCCAGAGGGAUGUGACCCAUAACCACCGGCUGGUACCCGGUCCUGAACUGGAAGAGAAGGCGCUGGUGCUGAAGCAGCUUGGGGAGACGCUAACAGAGCUCAAGGCUCAUUUCCCAGGCCUGCAGAGUAAGAUGCGCGUCGUGCUGCGUGUAGAGGUGGAGGCAGUGAAGUUCCUGAAGGAGGAACCUCAGCGCCUUGAUGGACUUCUCAAGCGCUGCCGGGGGGUCACUGACACGCUGGCCCAGAUCCGCAGGCAAGUGGAUGAGGGUGUGUGGCCACCCCCCAACAAUCUCCUGAACCAGUCUCCCAAGAAAGUGGCAGCUGAAACAGACUUCAGCAAAGGCUUGGACUUUGAAAUACCACCCCCCAGCCCUCCGCUGAAUCUCCAUGAGCUGAGUGGGCCUGCCGAAGGAGCCCCUCUUACCCCAAAGAGCAGUAACCCCACCAAAGGCCUGGAUGCUCCCAGCAAGAGAAGCGCGGACAAAGCAGUGUCUGUUGAGGCUGCGGAGAGAGACUGGGAAGAGAAGCGGGCAGCCCUAACCCAGUACAGUGCCAAGGACAUCAACCGGCUGCUGGAAGAGACACAGGCUGAGCUGCUCAAGGCCAUCCCGGACCUGGACUGUGCCAGCAAAGCCCACCCAGGACCCACCCCCACCCCAGACCACAAGCCCCCCAAGGCGCCCCAUGGUCAGAAGGCAGCCCCCCGGACAGAGCCCAGUGGGAGAAGAGGUUCAGAUGAGCUCACGGUGCCCAGAUACCGCACAGAGAAGCCCUCCAAGUCGCCCCCGCCACCCCCUCCCCGCCGGAGUUUCCCUUCCUCCCACGGCCUGACCACCACACGCACCGGAGAGGUAGUGGUCACCAGCAAGAAAGACUCAGCCUUCAUCAAGAAGGCUGAGUCCGAGGAGCUGGAGGUCCAGAAGCCCCAGGUGAAGCUCCGCCGGGCCGUGUCUGAGGUGGCCCGCCCUGCCUCCACGCCACCCAUCAUGGCCUCUGCCAUCAAGGAUGAGGACGAUGAGGAGCGCAUCAUCGCUGAGCUAGAGAGUGGUGGUGGCACCGUGCCACCCAUGAAGGUUGUGACUCCAGGAGCCUCUCGGCUGAAGGCAACCCAGGGCCCAGCAGGCAGCCCCGACAAAGGCAAGCACAGCAAGCAAAGGGCGGAGUACAUGAGGAUCCAGGCCCAGCAGCAGUAACCAUGGACUGAAGCCACCCCUACUCUGGUUUCUGGGCCUUUGACCCAACCCCAUGCCUCCCUCACCCUUCUUUCUGCCCCCCAGACACUUCCCCACCCUGUCCCCCAGUUCAGAGGACCACUCUCCAGAUGUCCCCUCUCGUUUCUCACUUUCGCAGUUCAUUUUCUCCUGGACUUGUGGGAUUUUUCCAUUUUUCAACACUUCAGCCAGGAGCCAGCAUGGAGGCUCUCCUUCGCUCUCUCUGAUCCCUGACCCCUGUUUUUGUUCCAGGCCACUAAACCAUCUAAAGAAAUGAGCGGGUCGAAUGAGACCUCGAGCCCAGUCUCAGAAAAGCCCUCUGGUUCCAGAACCUCCAUCCCUGUAUUGACUUCCUUUGGGGCAAGGAAUUCUUCCAUCUCCUUCUAGAAGCCCUCACACCACCACCUGGCCUGCCCCUCCCUCCCUCCCUCCCUCCUGCCAUUGUCCCCCACUUCCUUUCAUGCCCACUCCACCCUCCCAACUCUCACCCCUGAAGGGUUUUGGGGCCGUGGCCCUCAGCUCUCUCAUCCCCUCUCGGUGUGUUUGGUUUUUUAAGUGAUUCUCUUUUAAUGAUCUUUUUUCUUUUUUUCUUUUUAAAGAGCAAAAGAGAAAACUAAAAACCAAACACACCGAUUUUUCUUUACUUCCUGUUCCCUAACGGGGAGGGGGGCCCCCUCGGCCUACUUCCUGUCAUCUUCUCUCCCUCUGCUCUUUCACCCUCUUCCUCCCAAGUCCAUCCAACGUCCCCACCUCCCCUAACUUCCCAAGAACACUCGGAACCAACUCUGAGCCACGGAGACUUGUUGCAGUGGAGACCCCCCUCCUGUUCGUUACUGGGUUCCUUCCUGGAGGAACUAAUGGACAUGGACAGACCCAGCAUCAGACUGGACGACGGACCAGGGAGACAGACCCUGGCCUGGGAGAUGCCCCACUGCCUGUCCAGCCUUCGAAGAAACACGCCUCUACUGCUGGCCUGCGGCUUCCUCUUGAACCAGGGUGGGCCUGUAGGCAGGCCUGCUGGAUGGGAUUGCCAGAGAAGAGGCCAAGGCUGGGGGAGGGGACACUUGGUGCAAGGGGAAGAGCUGGCUCACUGUUGCUCAGUGUCUGGCUGGUGCUAGUUAAGGACAGAGGCGCCCCCCCCCCCCCAUUCUGGUGGGAGCCUCCUGUUCUGGUGGGAGCCCCCUGUUCUGGUGGGUGCCUCCCCCCGUUCUGGUUGGUUGCUCCUGCGUUCGGUCUGCCCCUGGGGCUCUGCCUUGGGAGAGGGCAACCCUGAGCAGGGCACUUGGUAACUUUUAGUUUCCUAAUUUAGCACUUUAAAUGCCAUUAACUUAUUUUAUGGGUGGGGGGUGGGCAAGGUGGAAGGGCCUAGACAUGUUUGGAGGGUGGGUAGGGUCUGGUUGUGAGGGAAACAGGGAGAAGGGGGGGUGGGUGCAGUAAAGUUGACCCUUAGCUGGGGGCAACAUGACCUUCAGCCAGCCUUUAUGAUUUGAGGGUUUUCAGGGAAGGGGUGAGAUGUGAUUUGCCUAUGGGGAUCUGGUGACCACUGUGAGGUGUUUGAGGGUCCCCAAGGCAGAGCCACCAGCUAGUAUUCCAGUCUAUGGAUACCUUGUAGGGCAGACUGGCUUUUGGGUGGGCCCUGGAGGCAAAGGGAGAGGCUGGUUGGUCCUGGCCUGGUCCCCAGCAGGCACAGAAGGGCCAGAGCAAGAAAGAAGGCUGGAGGGGGCUCCCUUCGGAGCACAAGGUAGAGUAAGCACAGAGGUGUGGUCUUGAGACUCAUCACCUGGUAAGCACAGGUAGGAACUGUUGAAGGGAUGGAGCCCCAAGACCCUGGAGCCUGGCAGGGGAGGCCAGUGGCAGCUGUUGCGUUUGGGGAGGGAGGGAAAACUGGGUUCUGUUUCUUUUCUUCUUUUUUAAUUUCUGCUUUUGUUUUGUUGGUUCACCUUGUUUUCUAGCUUUGAUCCUUUUUGUACCAAGGCAAGCAAGCCUUUUUGAAAAAUAACAAAAGAAGAAGAAAAAAAAUCCCUCCCAGAAAAAAAGACAAAAAUAAAAUAAAAAAAAAACACAAAAAAGAAAACAAACAAAAAAAAAACCCUAGAAAAUAGGGGGGAAAAAAAGGGACCUCACAAUGAUGCAAUUACUUUUAAUUGCAAGCAACUCUUUACAUUUAAGUGAAGUGUCUUAACAUUUUAUAUUGUUUUAAAAAUAUAUUUACAUAUUAUAUAUAUAUAAUAUACGUAAUAUAAAUCUAUAUAAAUAUUUAAAAAAGAAAAAAAAAGAAAACCACAGAGCGCUCUCCCUGGCUGCUGUCUGGCAGGGGAGGGAGCUGGGGACAGGCGUGUGGCCUGGCUUCUGUAGUCCGUGAAGCAGUUUGGUUUGAUUUGGCUGUACAGAGACCCCUGGCUUGGGAGGGGAGGGGAAGGGGCCCCUCCACUCCAUUUCUCUUUGCUUGCUGCUCUUUGCUUGCCCCCACACCCCCCCAGCCCUGUGACCUGAGUGUGCACCCCUCCGUCAUUGUCCUGAGUUGAGUGUCCUUUGUGGAGGGAGGGGGAGCUGGGACAAGUGACCAUCCAUACAGGGCUGCCCGGGCUCUCAGGCAGGGCCCGCGGGAUUUACAUAGUUCUUCGCUUUGGUUCCCGCGCAUGUGUGUGCUGGGAGGCAUUUGUAUGGGAUUGUGUGCGGCCUGUGUGUGUGCACAUUGGCACAAGCCUACAUAACUUCUGCCUGUGCACAUGCGUGGAUUGUGUGUACAUAGGCAAAAUCUUAUAUUGUAUGUGUGAAGCUGUGUACAUGUAUGUGAGCACAGCCUGCCUGGGCAUCAGCAUGACUGUGUGGCAGGAACCUUGGGAGGAAGGCGUAAUGUGUGACGGACAUGCCUGGCUAUUCACGUGAGGACUGUAUACGGAUGGACAGAGAUAACAUGAGCUGUGGGUGUGGCUGUGUUCCGGUGCAGGCAGGCGUGUGAGAGGGCCUCUGUGUGUGUCAGUGUGCGUGUGCACGUGUGUGCUCCAUCAUCCUGCACCACUCGCCAGGCUCCCCUCCCGAGGCCUCCCUCCCCGCACCUUCUCAAAGCCCACAGCACGUCAAUGCCCCCCUCAGCUGCAUGCGCCUCACCGCUCUGUCCUUCAGUGUGUGCUUGACAAGAGAAACUGCCACAUUGGGGGACCCUGUACCCGGUCCCCUCACCCCUGCCCGCUGUGCUGUAUUACUGCCACAUUGGGGGACCCUGUACCCGGUUCCCUCACCCCUUCCCACUGUGCUGUGUUACCCGCAUGGGGGGUUCUCUCUGGCCCCUUCCACAAUAUACUGUUUCCCCAGGGGCCUCAGGGCCAAGGCUUUAGUGGGAUCCCAAGUGGGGUCCCCAAGGCCUGCCUGGCUCCACACCCACCCCAUCCACCCCGUAGGGCCUGUGUCGGUGUAGCAGUGAUGGCUUCUGUGGACAUUCUGUGACCUGUCAGUGUAACUUGGCAAUUUCUAAAUGGAAAGGGUUGCUGUGUUUUCUGUCUCUUUUUUAAUGUCCUUCUUUCUCCCCUGCCUCCCUGCUUUCUUCCCUUCCCUUCUGGUUUUUCUAGCCGAGUGUUGGGGCUUUAAUAAAACUUGUUUCUUUUUUUC